AUGAAAAAAUUGGCAGAAGAAAAAGAUUUGGAACUGGCAAGUGCUCGAAAGGAAAUUGAAACUCUCAAAGAUCGAUUAGAUUUGUAUAAAAAGUCCAUGGCCAAGUAUGAAGCACAAAUUCAAACAGAAGAUGAAAUUGGAAAGUUUAUCCUUCAAGUGAUGAAUGAUAUCAAAUUAGGUUAUUGGAAAGAGAAGGAGAAGAAACUCGAGAGAAAGAACAUUCGAAAAGAGGGAUCCACGAAUGAUUUACUUGCUUCUAGUGGUGGUCAGAGUGGUGGUCAGAGUCAGAGUGGUGGUGGUGGUGGUGGACAUCAUCAUUCAAAGUCUUCUCCCUCCCUCAACUGCUCUCCAUCUCCAGCAGUGAAUGCCAGUAAUAAUACCUCCUCUCCAACCACUUCCCCAACCACUCACCACCUGACAUCCAGUAGUGGUGAUGCAAUUCCUGGAGGAGAAGAAGAAGCAUUUACUCUUCCUCCCAUUCAUCAUCAUGUGAGCUAUAAACAACGACUUGCAGAAUUUAGAAAGAAAACAGAAAAGUAUUAA